UUACAUAACACAUAUAUCUAGCACAACAUGUGGACUUCACCCAACACCUGUGUGUUCCCAUUGACCAACCCCUAAUAUGACAGUAUAUAAGAAGAUGCUCACAAUCUUCCUAUCAUAUCUCAUAAAUAUCACUCAACCAAAAUGAAAGUCGUAUUUGUUGCCUUGGCACUCAUUGCCGUAGCUUAUGGUCAGAGGGCCCAGCCUUGCAAGACCAGUGCUGACUGCAAGCCAGAGGAAUGCUGCGUACACGACCCAUUCAGCAAGAGAUUCUUAGGAGAUCUUUGGGGAGAAGAGAAAGGUUUCUGUGAGGGCAGGAAGAUGGAGGGAGACUUCUGCUCUGCCAGCAUGGGAGGUAUGGAUGAGCUAUGGAAGGUCAAGGACGGCAUGCACUCCUUCUCCUGCCCAUGUGCCUCUGGCCUUGAGUGCGUACCUGAAGAUAUCCACACUGAUGAUGGCCUCGUCGUCCACAUGAACCCACGAUGCACAGCCACCGAGGGAUCAGGAGACUUCUAAAUUAUCACCAGAUUUAGUGUCUUAUUUGUUAUCAAUAAAAAUUAAAA